CUUAGACUAUAAAACAAGCCAAAAUCACUAUUCGAAGAACAAACACUUUCUAGGGUUUGCCGGCGAUCUCAGCGUUUCUGCCAAAAAUGGUUCUUCCAAAUGAUAUUGAUCUGCUAAAUCCCCCAGCUGAGCUUGAGAAAAGGAGACAUAAGCUCAAGCGUCUCGUGCAGUCGCCUAAUUCCUUUUUCAUGGAUGUCAAGUGCCAAGGUUGUUUCAACAUCACUACUGUGUUUAGUCACUCACAGACCGUCGUAGUUUGUGGGAACUGCCAGACUGUGUUAUGCCAACCAACGGGAGGAAAAGCAAGACUCACCGAAGGAUGCUCUUUUAGGAGGAAAGGAGAUUAAGGGCGAGCAAUGUUGAUUUCACUAAUCUCCCAUCAAUGUACCAAGUCUUUGCUUACCGAUGAAGUUUCUUGAAAUAGUAGAGAGGUUUUAGAGUACUUGUAUUUUGGUUAUGUUACCAUGUGUGGGUUAUGGGUCAGUGUAUCUCCUGUUUUGUUGGAUGCUAUGUGGAUUGAUCUGAAAUUUUGUACUGAACGUAAAUGCUGUUUCGAUAUUGCACCUUGUUUUCUGCUUA